AUGAAGAAAUUCUUCAAGAAGAAGGACAACUCCACAUCAAAAUCUUUGUCAAGAUCAUCGUCAAGAAAUCCUUCCAAGUCCUCCUCCAACUGCAAGAAUACCUCUCGCAAGGCCAAGGCAUACAUCGGCAAGGAGAUGGAUUCUAAAGAAGAAGAAUCGUCUGCCUCCGAAGAAGAAAAUGAGUCUGAUGAGGCCUUCGACUCAGGCAUGGCUGGUAUAGCAUGUGCCUCUUCUCCUGCAACAAAUUUCUUUGGGAACCCGUCAAGCAACGAUGAAACUCCUACCUACAGCUUCAUGGCCAAGGCUUCAAAAGAAAAGGUAUCCUCCAAACAUCACAAGGUUCACUCCAGUGACAAAUAUUCUUCUGAUGAGGAUGACCAUGCUAAGUUAAUAAAAAUUGCUAACAUACAACAAAACUCUCUUGAGAAAAUUGAGAAAACGCUCAGGAAAUCUGAAGGUUUGUUGGUUGAGGAGACGGAGAAAAAUCAGUCGUUGACCGAAGAGUAUUCUACUCUCAAGUCACGAAUGGAUGAACUCUCAACUCGUCAUGAUUUUCUCUCAGCAGACCAUGAAAGAUUGACCUACGAUUACUUGAAAAGGAAACAUGAACUCGAGGCGCUGAGAGAGGCUCAUGAAGAUUUGAUGAGAGAAAAUUCUCUUCUCACCCAACAUCUUAAAGAGAAACCCGAAGUGCUUGAGCCACCAUGUUUAAAAUACCUUGAACGAACCAAUGCUGGAUCAAAUGCUGAAUCAUCUGUUAAUGCUAAUCCCUCGGUCGAGGAAAAAGGUUCUGUUUCUGAUGAAAAUGCUAGGUUGAAGGGUCUUCUUCAAACUAGAAUGUUCAAAUCUCUCAAAGGGCAUCAAACCCUCUGUGAUGUUUUGAAAUCCAUCCUUUCACAAAAAUCCCAGGAAAGAAGAACUCGUCAAGCCAUUGUCGAAGCAAAUGCUCCUCCGAAUGGAAAUGACAAUCAAAAUCCAAAUGCCAAUCAAAAUGGCAACCCUGAAGGGAAUGAUGACACAAAUGUUGAUGCUGAUGAUAAUGAUCAUCACGAAGAAAAUGCUCAUCCUCGUGUGCCAAAUUGA